AUGUCUGUGCAGGAUUAUUAUGCGACAACCUAUUUGACGUGUAACGUCGAGUAUAGUUUUUGGGCUUCAUGGAAAGGAGUUGCCUAUCCAACCCAUGCCAUGCAGCUAAUUUCUUUCCCACUUCAAAUUCUCGCAUUCUACAUAAUCAUUAAAAAAACGCCGACAGUAAUGAAAAGUGUUUCAUGGCCGUUGUUACUGAAUCACUCACUUUGUACUGGGUUAGAUAUUGGGCUGUGCAGUGGAGGUACACCCUAUGUUUUCCUCCCAGUUGCUGGCAUUUUCGGACUGGGAACACUAAGUUGGUUCGGAAUACCAUUCACCAUACAGCUGUUUGUUGGCCUUAUAAUAGGAAACGGUGCCGUAUGCUCUUAUGUGUAUCUUUUCGAAAUCCGUAGCAGUUCCCUACCACAAAAUCGGUUUAAAAUAACUCGAAAGUCCACUCGACUCCUCUACCAUGCAAUAGUUUUUUUCUACAACUGCAGCUGUCUUCUUUUCUUUUUGACAAAUCCUGCUGAUCAAGAAGCUGCCAAACUUCAUGCAUUAACUCGUUACCCAUGUCCCACAACGGAGUUUUUCGAAUUUCCAGUUACCAUACUACUUACUGAUCAAAACGUUAUCCAAUUUAUAAGCUUUAUUUUCCUUCCAUCAAUGAUUUUACAAACAGCUGGAAAUAUAAUAUUCCAUGCUUUUUGCGCGGUUUACUAUCUUUAUAUAGCUCCGUCGAAAUCAGUUUCAAAAGAAACUCAGAAGAACCAAAAGGCAUUUUUGAUUGGUAUCCUAUUACAAACAUGUAUUCCAUUGAUGUUUAUAUCAGGGCCACUGAUCAUUUUAGCAAUUGCUUAUUCGUUCGGAUAUUACUCUCAAGAAAUGAUGAACUUAUCAAUAGUCUGCGCUGCAUUUCACGGGGUUGCACAAAGUGUUGCAGUUAUUACAGUGCACCAUCACUACCGGAAAACUGCUAAAAAGAUGAUUUGGAAGAUUAUUUGCAAGGAAUCUAGGAGUACAGUUAGACUUGCGGAGGCAUCGUCAAGAUUGUUUCGGAGUAGAGACCUAUCAUGA